AUGGAGCCCGCGGACUACCAAUUCCGCGACAAUGCGGAUAAUGCCGCGUUCCCCGAUCUAAUGAACGACCCGGCUUAUGACGAACGGGAAAAGGGAUUUGACGACCUGGAUACCUGUCGGAUAUGCCAUGGCGAGGCAACGGAAGAGGAACCGCUGUUUUACCCAUGCAAAUGCAGCGGUAGUAUCAAAUUCGUCCACCAAAUAUGUCUCGUUGAAUGGUUAUCACACUCACAGAAGAAACACUGCGAGCUUUGCAAAACGCCAUUCCGAUUUACCAAAUUAUACGACCCAAACAUGCCUCAGAGCCUCCCCGCACCUCUGUUUGCGAAGCAAGCCCUGAUCCAAUGCUUCCGGACUCUCGUCACAUGGUUGAGAUUUGUUCUCGUUGCAUUUGUCUGGCUGGGAUGGCUACCAUGGUCGAUGCGCGCAAUCUGGAGGGCACUGUUUUGGCUUGCUGAUGGCCGGUGGUCUGCCAAUGAAAACGUUCGGAACCAGGCCGCACAAACCGCCCAAGAUGGUCUUGGGAAAGUGUUCUCAAACGGCAGUGCUGUAAAUGCCGCGUUAACUGACUCGAUUACUUCCACAAUUUCUAAUGCUGCUAUUUCAUCUACUACUGCUGUACCAUCAGCACGAUCGUCAAUUCUCAAUUUCGCAGCUGGCGAUCCGCUCAUGCUCACUCUCAUAAAAAAGUUGAUACCCAAUCUGUUCAUGCCCGCAUUUACUUCGACUGUCGGGCAAGGCAACGGACAAAACAACGUCACGGCUAGCUCAAUCAAACCUCGGUAUCCAUCAUGGCUUUCGGAUGUGAAGUUCCUGAACUCGUUGACCCCGUAUCCAACAAUCAACAACAUGAUCAUGGACACAUUAGAAGGACAGCUCAUCACCCUUCUUGUGGUCGUUGCAUUUAUUCUACUCUUCUUGAUUCGAGAAUGGGUUGUUCAACAGCAACCCAUGGUCAAUAUCGCAGAAGGAGAACGUGAGGCUGCUCUUCAGUUAAUUGCAAAUGCCAACAAUCGGAUAAAUGAUCGAUUCAAUGAAGAAGGUGGUCUUAGACAACCAGAACCCAUUCCCGCUCACCACCCGGAAAAUGAGGUCAACGAUGAACGCGCAGCAGACCAUGAGUUGGACAAUGAUAUCCUUCCUCAUUUUGCUCCCCACUCCCCGGCUCUGUCCUCGAAUGAUUCUGAGUACGGUCUCCGUGGGUUUGAAGCGGAGCUACGAGACUACAAUGAGAACGACCCGGAGUACGAAGCAGGGGGCCCUCCUACGGCUCGUGCUCUGGCUUUCCGAGACCUAGUGGCCCGGACUCAUGGUAACCAUGAAGAAAUGUUGCGCAUUCUUCGUGAAGAGGCUCAUGGGGAUGAUCUGGACUGGAUUGUGAAUGCCAUCACCGGAGCGACCAUAAACCGGGAUUCAUCAGCAGGGCCUUCUACUCGUCCUCACGAUACCGACAAUCCAGAAGUCUCAGACGGUGCCGAUGCUCUUAAUAUUGAAGAUGGAGAUGUCGAUGGUCACCCGCCUGAUGCGGACGCCGGACCUUCUGCCCAGAACAUGGAUCACGGGCCACCGACUAGAGACAAUGCCAUUCCUGUUGCCAAUGUACAAGUGGAUGAUCGGCCUCCGCUGGGUAUUACUGAACGGGUGUUCGAAUGGUUUUGGGGAGACAUCACACCUGUAGAGCGCGAUACAGAAGAACCAGUUCCCGAAGACGACGAGCAUAUUGUUCAGGAUCCGGCCUUAGAAGACCCAUUCGUGCCCUUGCCGAAUCGGAUGGAAAACAAUCAAGCAGACGCUGCCGCUGAUGCUGCUGCCGCCGCGAAUGCUGGACUGGACCCUAAUGAUAUCGAUGCAAUUGAAGGGGAUGAUUUCGAAGGGAUCAUGGACCUUAUUGGCAUGCAUGGUCCCAUUUUCGGACUUUUUCAGAACGGAGUCUUCUGUGCCCUUCUGAUUGCGUUCACAGUAGCUAUCGGUAUCUGGCUUCCGUACCUAUGGGGUAAAAUUGCUCUUGUGUUGUUGGCUAACCCUCUCGAACUCGUCAUCGGUGUUCCUAUCACUGCGGUUGAAGUUGUCGCAGACAUCGCUCUUGAUACUCUUAUUGGUGUCGUGGGAUAUCUCAUGUACUGGUUCAGCCUUGUUUUCAAGAUUGUACUGAGCCCUUUCAGUGCUCUUUUGCCUAUUGGAGAAUGGAUUCCCCGGGACAAGUCAGUCACUAGUGCAUCGCUUUCCCUCAUCGACGCAAGCAGUCACCGCUUGAACAAAGUGAUCAAAGCAUUCCUGGUCUUCCAUGAGUCUGAUAUCCCCAUGUUCUCAGUGCUCUCGCACCAGGCGCUUAAAUUACACCAGGCUCGCCUCAGUGCUUUGUUGCAAUCGGUCUUUGCCACUGUCAAGUUCAUCCUGCAUGACUUCCCACUUCGGCUUGUGACCCUCGGUGUUCCCGAUGCCCUUUCUUUGGACCUUGACCUCUCUCAUUUCAAGAACUUUAUUGGUCAAGCCCAACAACAACUCACCACCUUCGCUAAAUCAUCGCUUUUCUCGAUGCCUGGAACAAGGUUUAUGAACGCAAGUGCAGCAAAAGCAGCCUCUGCCACAGUGCCGGUCGAUUAUGACCUGGCGGUCUGGGAUUCCAAGGAUCGUGUUAUCGCUAUCUUCAUGGGUUAUUUGCUUGCAUUCAUGAUAGGGCUUCUCUAUCUACGAAUCACAGGGCUGCUCUCAGGUGCCAAUCGGGGACAAAGGAUCGAGGGCCUGCUUGCUGAGGUCCUGAUACAAGCCGGGGGAGUUAUAAAGGUCAUCCUCAUCAUCGGGAUUGAGAUGAUUGUCUUCCCUUUGUAUUGUGGCAGUCUUCUUGAUCUUGCUUUACUUCCGCUCUUCUCCAACGCUACAGUGGCCUCUCGUAUCGCUUUUACUGUUGCAUCCCCCCUCACUUCGCUUUUCGUGCACUGGUUUGUUGGCACUUGUUACAUGUUCCACUUUGCCCUAUUUGUUUCCAUGUGCAGAAAGAUUUUGAGAAGUGGUGUGCUUUACUUCAUUCGUGACCCCGAUGAUCCAACUUUCCACCCGAUACGUGAUGUUCUCGAACGCAGCAUCACUACCCAGCUCCGUAAGAUCGGUUUCAGUGCCCUUGUAUACGGUGCGCUCGUGAUCAUUUGUUUAGGAGGUGUCGUCUGGGGCUUGCACUUUGCCCUCGAUGGUGUCCUCCCGAUUCACUGGUCGGCCAGUGCGCCGAUGCUCGAGUUCCCGGUUGAUCUCCUAUUCUACAACUUCGUGUUGCCUGUAGUCAUUCAAUCAUUCAAACCUUCAGAUGGUUUGCAUGAUCUAUAUGACUGGUGGUUCCACAAGUGUGCUCAUUUCUUGCGUCUCAGCAACUUUUUCUUCCCCGAAAGACAUCUGGAGGAAGAAGGCUACCACGUCCGGAAGACCUGGUGGGGUAUUCUCUCUAGAAGCGAGGGUGACUGGGAACACCCAGUAGUUGGAGAUGAUCAGCAGGCUGCAGCCGAGCGGGAAAACCGUGACGUCUACUUCCUGCGCGAUGGUCGAUACGUGCGCGCCCCUGGCUCUGAUCAGGUCCGCAUUCCCAAAGGCAACCACGUUUUCCUUGAGGUCACCGAGGACAAUGAACGUGUUGAUGGGAAGUCCGAUCCUGCCGAUGGGCUACAUGGCCGAUCCAGCAACAUGUUUACCAAAGUGUACAUCCCUCCCUCCUUCCGGACUCGGAUUGCUGCCUUUAUUCUUCUAAUCUGGCUGUUUGCUGCCACCACCGGGGUAGGCAUCACUAUUAUUCCCUUGGUCAUUGGUCGGAAGAUCAUCGGGUCUUACUCCUCUACUCCGGCUCCGGUGAACGACGUCUACGCCUUUUCAAGUGGUCUUUGUGUGGUCGGUGCGUUUACCUACCUUGCCUACCACUCCAGCACCGCACUUAACUUCGUGCGAGAGCAUGCAGGCGCAUACCUUCGUUCCCCCCGCCAAGCAGCCCAGACCAGUCUGGGCCUCGUGAUGCAUGCUGCUCGGCUUCUCUACAUGGCCCAAGUUGCCAUUAUCCUUCUACCGUCACUCUUCGCACUGCUCACUGAGCUAUACAUUCUCAUUCCAGCGCACACCCUCUUUGGCGAUGGAGAGUCGCAUGUUGUCCAUGUCGUUCAGGACUGGGCGCUCGGGGUGUUGUAUGUCCAGAUGGCCAUCAAGUUGACUUUCUGGCAGCCCCAUUCCUGGGUAGCAGCUGCGGUCAACAGUGUCUUCCAAGAUGGUUGGCUGAAGCCCAAUGCAAGCCUUGCUACUCGUGCCCUUGUUCUUCCAAUCCUCCUCUUCACUGCAGCUGCGGCAACUUUGCCCUUGUCAUUUGGGUUUAUUGUGCGCUGGACAAUUUUCUACUCCCACGUCGGAGUGCAGCCUAAUAUUUACCGUUAUGCUUAUCCCACCACACUCUUGAUCGUGCUGUCUGUAUGGAUGGCGCAUCUACUGCUGAGACGAGUGGCAGUCUGGCGCACCAAUAUCCGCGAUGAAGUCUAUCUCAUUGGAGAGAGACUGCAUAAUUUCAGUGAGAAACGAGCACGGGAUGUCGGUGUGUCGCGGGUGAUGACAGGAUGA